CCCCCCUCCUUCUUUUCCUUCACUUCUGGGCAAAUGAUCCGCACAGUAGGAAUUGCCUCAACAGCACUUUUAAGACCUGCCGCGGCCGCCAUCCGAUCUACCAGGUCUAUCCACACCGGUGCCAGCAAUGGAGUCACUAACCACCUGUCACACACAACACAUUCAAAGAUCUUGAAAGGAAGAGAUCUUGCUGUUUUGUCACUCCCAGCUACCAUCCGCCCUUACUCGUCUUUCCCUCGUGCUGGACUCCGGAGUGUUCCUCUCGCAGCUGUAGCGCUUAUUUUGGGCGGGUUGACACUUACAGUCAUGGGACUCUGGCAGUUCUACACCUCGGGCGUUAACGUCUUCCCAGAAGCCAUCCGUAACGAUCUUCGCAAGGCGCUUUAUUAUCAAAAUUAUGGCAACGAUAGGGAAAAGGCUGUUGCUUUUUAUCGUAGCGCACUUAACGCAGCUAUGCAUCAUCCGGAUCUGAGGGUCGACGGUCCAGAGGUGACGGGAAUCAUGAUCCAGCUUGGCACGAUGUUUCAGGACAUGGGCCGCACGCACGAAGCUAUCGACGUGCUUGUGAUGACAUUUGAAUGCCUCGUCCAUGGCCGGACCGUGGGUAGAGGAAAUGACUUCACUAAGACGGAUAUUGGUGUGAACGACAGCCAAUUUAUAGAGCAGGGGCAGCAGGAUCACGGCAUUGAAACACAGUUUGAUCAACCUACGGAACAACCGCAAGUGCAGCAUGGGCUAAGGGUUAUGGAUGGGACUACACGACUCAAGGCAAUUGGAGUCGCACAAAAGCUGGGUGAUUUGUAUCACUCUAUCAAGAAGGAUAAGCAAGCAGAGCAGUACUAUCUUUGGUCUAUCGAGCAGCUGAUGAAGAAGCACUACGAGAUCGAGAAGCACACUGGAGACAAUUCCGGAGAAGAAGGCUUGCGGAACGCGAGGGAUCAAGACGCCUUGCAGCAGCAAUUCAACUUUGAAAAGCUACCAAGCUGGAUGACCAAAAUGGACUUGGGCGCCAGUUUAGAAGCUUUGGGUGGAUUUUAUACCAGUAAAGGCAUCUACUCGAAUGCACUCCCGCUCUACAUGCGUGCAUUGUCUUUGGUUGAUGAACGUUCGUGCCACGCAGCCGUGUUAAUGUGCAACAUUUCAGAUGCGUUUGCGGGAUUAGGCAAUAUUGAAGAUGCAACAGGAUGGGCUGAGCGAGGGCUUAAGGUCGGGACCAGCAGCAGUGGCCAGGAGUGCGAUGAAGGCUGUGGAGUUCUAUUGUACAAUCUCGGGAUGCUUCAUGAGGUGCGAACGAUUUUUCUGCACCUGCAUUUCUUUUGUUUGCUCAUUCGUUCCCUCAAUAUACACUUACUGGAAAUUGUUGUUGAUUGUGCUGAAACCAUAGAUGAGGGGCGAUAUUCUGAGGGCACGGGAUUACUAUAGACAAUCCAAGCAGCAUGGACUGAAGACGGGCUUUAACCAGUGCAUUGUUGAAUCGAACAAGGCCUUGGGGCGCAUUAAGGAGGCCAACGAAGGCAUGCAGCCAUAGAGGCUUAUGGUGCCUGAAGGUGAAAUUAGAAAGGCAUUUCCGGCGUCCUGGGUAUUUGUGUCUAUCAUAGGGAGGGAUGACGGCUACCUCAAAAGUUGCUGUCUGAGUGAUGUGUCAGAAUGCUAAAAUAAAUUCGUGUUGAACGCUGGCCCUACGCGUGC